UUUUGCGGAUGCAAAAGUUUCGUUUCCUCGUUUUGCUCCUCCCCAGGGCAAAUGGCUAUGGCUGCUCCUUCAGCAGCAGCUACGGCGGACCCAGUACCCUGGGAAAUCUGCGAGGCCCGGGAAGUGAUAAAUACCGCACAGCCUGAGGCGCAGCGAAAGCCCGGGGGCUGGUGUGGGCGCCCAGAAGAUGCAGAGAACGGAGCAGUAGCAGCCGCAGCUGAGAAGGAGGACCAGGGGCGCGAGGGGCCCGAGCCGGCGCCCACUUGGCUGUGUUCAGAGCAUUGCAACCGCACGGUCGAGCUGUUCUGCAGCCGCUGCAGACGCUGCGUGUGCGCCCUGUGUCCACUGGUGGGUUCGCACCGAGGCCAUCCCGUGCGCUUUGUCCACGAGGAAGUGAGCUUCAAGCAGAAAAACAUCCAAAAGUGUGUGAAGCAGCUAGCCCUGAAGAAGAAACAGGAAGCCAGCAACAUCAACAAAGUAAAUAAGGCUGCUAAUGAGCUUGAGGAACAUUCUGAAGCUACCAAAAUCUGGCUAACAGGAAAAUUUACUGAACUGCGUUUAUUACUUGAUGAAGAGGAAAUGGCUGCAAAGAAAUUCAUUGAUAGAAACACCCAACAGGCAUUUAGAACAUAUAAUGAGCAAAUGGAAUUGUGUCAAGAACGAAUUAACAUCAUAGACAACCUUUCCAGGAAGAUCCAAAGAAUACACCAGCAGCAAGAUCCUAUUCGGUUGCUACAGGAAUAUACAACAUCAGAAAAGGAAAUGAUGCAGCAGAUGAUUCCUACAGAAUUAUGCCAUCCAAUACCUGUCAGGUUUGAGCAUGUUAAGACCUAUUACAGGAACUUAGCAACAGCCGUUUUUACCACUCUGCAGAUGCCAUUCGAUGUCCGCCUUAAAGAAGAUACUUGCAGCCAGCUUUCUGUAUCUUCCAAGUCAAAACCUGGUACAUUGCUGAAAACAACACCCACACCUGAGCGUUCACUCUUCUUAAAAUAUGCCAGAAUCCCAACCCUGGAACCAGACACUAUGCAUCCCCGGCUACGAUUAUCUGAUGACCGUUUGACUGUGACCUGUGUUUUGAUUGGCAAGAUUCAAUUAUGUAAUCCCCAGAGGUUUGAUAAACUAUGGCAGGUGCUGAGCCGGGACUCUUUCUUCUCUGGGAGUCAUUACUGGGAGGUGGAUUUACUCAAGUCUGGGAUAGGGUGGUGGAUAGGGGUGGCCUAUUCUUCUAUUGGACGCAAAGGAGAUUCUGAAGCUAGUCGCUUGGGGUUUAAUAGAGAAUCUUGGUGCUUAAAAAGAUUUGAUCUGGAAUACUGGGCAUUUCAUAAUGGAGAAAGGACACGAAUACCAAUAGAUCACGAUCCUGAACGGAUUGGAAUUUUCCUGGAUUACGAGGCUGGAAUUCUCUCUUUUUAUGAUAUAACAUGUGGUAUGACACAGUUGCACACAUUUUACUCAAAGUUCCAAGAGCCACUUUAUCCAGCACUGAGGCUAUGGGAAGGAUCAAUAACCAUACGUAAACUGCCAUAGGGCCCCCCUAAUCCCGGGAAAUGAUUGGUCCCAGUGUAAGGAUAAAGGAUAUGGGAAGGAACUCUCUUUGCAGACAUAUGGCUGAUGCUAUGAUGAUAACAAUAAAAAUGAUCAUUAACAUUUGUGUAGCAAUUUAAA